GCCGAGCGGACGCACAAUUUUCCGGACGCCGCGCGCGCAUACAUUAGUUUUCCUCCCUUCCAAAGUGGUCGGGGAAAUCGAAACAGAACAGAGCCGUUAACAGAGCGAAGGGAAGCGAAACGCAGCUAAAAGCGAACGCUAAGCUGAACGCAGAUAGUCGUGUACACGCAGAGAAGCGAACGGGGGAAAAAAAAAUACGCGGUCAGUUCAGAAGGCAGGACUUGUGAUUCGUGUGGUGAUUUGUGUUGUGUAUGUGUCUAUGUUUGUAUGUUGGCAAAGGAAAAUUGAAACCGUGCGGGGCCGGUUGUCGCUGAAACGAGUGCAAAAGCCCGUGAGCCCGUGUGGAUGUGAAGUGAAGCGGAUUGGAAAACGAGUUUUCCCUCCCCGUGACGUGAGCGUGAUAAGCGAAGGGAGGAGCAAAAAUUAGAGCAAAAAAAUAGGCAAAGCAGUAGAGUGAUAAACCGUCACCAUCCGUGAGUCAAGCCGGAAAAAAAGGAAGGCCUUUACGCCAAGGAAGCGCACGGACUUGGCCGCACGAUACACGCGGUGGACUCCACGAAGCAGCUGUGGAAAUCAAAUUUUCAACCUUCUUGUGCGUGCGUGCGUGUGUCUCUGUGCGUGCGUGUGUGCACAUCGAAAAAAAAAGGAAGCGACGUGUGACGUAGCGAGUCCAGCGCCUACUGUGUCCUUUUUGCGGUGUUUUGUGCUAGUUCGAAAGGUGCGCCCAUAAAGAAGAAGAAUAAGAAGUAGCAAAGGAAGGCCACCGUGCGGAAAUCAAUAUUGCGGAAAAUCAAAGCCCACCAGCGCUCUUGUGUGUGUGUGCGUGCGUACGUGCAUACGUGUGUGUGCACCUCCCCGUGCGUGUGAGCAUUUGUGCGAGUGGGGAAAUUUUCCAGGCGAUGGUGAAAAUGGUUCGCUCCUGAUACACUGCGGGUCGUCCGCGUUUUGCUGUGUCCGCUGCUGUGUAAAUAUAAAAUCAAAACCCACCGCCGUGCGUGAUGUGGUGCCGGUGGUGAGCGACAAAGAGGUCGAGUUUCGGGCCGUGGCAAACAGCAGGUGGAAUGUGCGCGUACUGCUGGUGCGGUGCCGUUGUUGGUCGUAGUAACCGUAGUGCCGGUUGUACCGUCGUCGACGACGACGGCGUCCUGUUUCAACGGUUCGGUUUAUCUUCCCGGUGCCCUGUGGCCGGUGGUCACCGGCGCGACGGUGCGUAGGAUACGCCGGUGAAGCGAGCGAACGCGAACGAGAGAAGAAGCUCGAAGAAAGAAAGAAAGAAAGAAUAAAGCGAUACAAAAUCGUACCAUAAGCGAAGCAAACGGAGAUCGGGGUGAAAGGAACCCCAAUUCGAAAGGGGGCAUAAGAAGGAGGAGAAAAAAAAACCCUCACGAAAAAUCAACCUCGACAGAAAUGCAUCGGCAACGAUCGAAAAGUAGAGGCGAUGGUGCACCACCAUCAUCCUGGCUGUUGGUGGCCGUGUUGGCGAACAUUCUCGCGCUAACCACCAGUUCCCAGUGUACGUGGGAGUACGAGAAAUCGAGCGUAGUGUGCCGGUUGCGGACGCUCGAACGUACCGGGUUGGAUCUGCAAGGUGCCGAGGGUACGUCCCGGCUCGACAUCGAGUGUAGCGAGCUGAUCCUGUUCGAGAGUCAGCUACCACGGAACAGCUUCGCCCGGCUGGCGGCUCUCGGUGAGCUGCGGCUUGAAUCGUGCAAGUUGCUCCAGCUACCGGAUGGUGCCUUCGAGGGUUUGCUGGCACUGAAGAAGCUGGCCGUGAACACACGCAACUACGAAUGGGGUCCAGGCAAAGUUCUCGAGCUGCAGGCCGGCUCGAUGCGUGGCCUCAAGGAGCUGCAGUCGCUGGAUUUAAGCGAUAACAACAUCCGUGCCCUACCGGACGGGUUCCUGUGCCCGCUGACCGGGCUGAAGGUGUUGAAUCUAACGAACAAUCGCUUCCGAUCGGCGGAAGCACUCGGAUUGGCGGAGAAAACGUGUGCCGGUGGAUCGGAGCUGCAGGCGCUUAAUCUCGCGUACAACGAGCUGCGAGCUGUUCCGGCCGGUUGGGGCGUUUCGAAGUUACGCCGUCUGCAACACCUAAACCUCGAGUUCAACAACGUCUCGGAGGUGCACGGGGAUGCAUUGGCUGGGUUGGGGUCCCUCCGGACGCUUAACCUCAGCUACAAUCACCUCGAAACGCUGCCGGGUGGAUUGUUCGCAGGAUCGCGCGAUCUUCGCGAGAUUCACCUGCAAGGGAACCAGAUCUACGAGCUCCCACGAGGGUUGUUCCAUCGCCUCGAACAGCUGCUCGUGCUUGACCUCUCGCGGAACCAGCUGUCAUCGCAUCACGUCGAUAAUGGCACGUUUUCGGGAUUGAUCCGGCUCGUUGUGCUCAACCUGGCGCAUAAUGCGCUCACCCGCAUCGACGCACGAACGUUCGCGGAGUUGUACUUCCUGCAGAUACUCGAUCUGCGCAACAACUCGAUCGGGUACAUCGAGGAUAACGCGUUCCUGCCGGUGUACAACCUGCACACGCUCAACCUAGCCGAGAACCGGCUGCACACACUCGACGACCGGCUGUUCAACGGGUUGUUCGUGCUGGCGAAGCUCACGCUCAACAACAACCUCAUCAGCAUCGUCGAACCGAACGUGUUCCGCAACUGCUCCGACCUGAAAGAGCUCGAUCUCAGCUCGAACCAGCUGACCGAGGUGCCGUACGCAAUCCGCGACCUGUCGAUGUUGCGAGCGCUCGAUCUGGGCGAGAAUCAAAUCGCACGCAUCGAGAACGGCACGUUCGCGAACCUAAACCAACUCACGGGGUUGCGCAUGAUCGACAACCAGAUCGAGAACGUGACGGUAGGAAUGUUCGCCGAUCUCCCGCGGUUAUCGGUGCUAAACCUCGCGAAAAACCGCGUGCAAAACAUCGAGCGAGGUUCCUUCGAUCGAAACCUCGACAUCGAAGCUAUCCGGCUCGAUGGGAACUUCCUCACCGAUAUUAAUGGUAUCUUCGCGACGCUUGGGUCGCUCCUGUGGCUAAACCUAGCCGAAAACCACCUCGUGUGGUUCGAUUACGCGUUCAUCCCAAGCAACCUAAAGUGGCUGGACAUCCACGGGAACUACAUCGAGUCGCUGGGAAAUUACUACAAGCUGCAGGAAGAGAUCAAAGUGAAAACGCUCGACGCAAGCCACAACCGGCUGACGGAUCUGGGACCGAUGAACGUCCCAAACAGCGUCGAGUUGCUGUUCGUGAAUGACAACCACAUCGGCACAAUUCACGCCAACACGUUCAUCGACAAAGUGAACCUAGCGCGCGUAGAUCUGUACGCGAACGCGCUCAAAAAGCUGCAAUUGCAUCAGCUCCGAGUAGCACCGGCUCCAGCAACCGAUCGACCGUUGCCAGAGUUUUACCUCGGUGGCAAUCCGUUCGAGUGCGAUUGCUCGAUGGAGUGGAUGCAGCGCGUGAACAAUCUCACCACGCGCCAACAUCCGAAGAUCAUGGACCUACCGAACGUGGAGUGUAUUAUGCCGCACGCGCGUGGAUCACCAAUAAGACCGAUUGUGUCGCUACAACCGAAGGACUUCCUGUGCCGGUACGAGACGCACUGUUUCGCGUUGUGCCAUUGUUGUGAUUUUGAUGCGUGUGAUUGCGAGAUGACGUGCCCAUCGAACUGCACGUGUUAUCAUGAUCAAACGUGGGGCACGAAUGUGGUCGAUUGUGGUAAUCAGGGUCCAGUUCCGGUGGGUGGUAGUUCCGGCACGCGCCCCGUUGUCCCGAUGGACGCCACAGAAGUGUAUCUGGAUGGGAACGAAUUCCCAGAGCUGCAGCAUCACGCGUUCAUCGGUCGCAAGAAUCUGCGCGUGCUGUACGCGAACGCGAGCCGUAUCGCGGCAAUUCAGAACCGCACGUUCGCGGGUUUAACCGCACUUCAAGCGCUACACCUGCAGGAUAACGCGCUCCAGCGCAUCCACGGGUAUGAGUUCGAAAACCUAGCGCUCCUGCGCGAGCUGUACCUACAAAACAACGCGCUACAAACCAUCGCGAAUGGGUCCUUUGCGCCGCUCUACUCACUCCGCGUGCUUCGGCUCGAUGGAAACCGGCUCGUAACGAUGCCCCUGUUUCAACUGCAAGCCGCCCAAGGCAAUCUGCAGGCACUGCAAUCGCUUUCGCUCGGGCGUAAUCCGUGGAGCUGCCGGUGUCGGUUUCUGCCCGAGCUGACCGCGUUCGUGGCGGACAAUGCGGUGAUCGUGCAGGACCCACAGGACGUGUACUGUGCGGAUGAUGGCGUCCAUCGGGAGCUGGAUUUCAACGUGAGUGCGGCGUGCAGCGAUUUCUACGCCGGCCGGUCCGUGUUACCCGGCGAUCGGUUGUCCGAAACGUACAUCCUGCUGCUGGCGGCCGGGCUCGUCCUCGCGUGUCUCCUUGUGUUCGCGCUGCUCGUGUUCGUGUUCCGGGAACCGUUGCGUUUCUGGCUGUUCUCGCGGUACGGCGUGCGUGUGUUUGGCCCGCGGUGCGAAGACUCCGAGAAGCUGUACGACGCGAUCUUGCUGUACUCGGCGAAGGACGCCGAGUUGGUGGCACGCUCGAUCGCGGCCGAGCUCGAGAAUGGGCGGCCACCGUUGCGGUUGUGUUUGCAGCAUCGAGACCUGCCAGAGGACGCUUCCCAUCUGCAGCUGCUCGAGGCGUCCCGUGCGUCUCGGCGCAUCGUCGUCCUGUUGUCGCGGAACUUCCUCCAGACCGAGUGGAGUCGGUGCGAGCUGAGACGUGCGGUGCAUGACGCGUUACGUGGUCGCCCCCACAAGCUCGUGGUGGUGGAGGAGGGUGGUGGGGUGCUGCUUGAGGCGGAGAAUGACGUCGAGCUGGUGCCGUACCUGAAGACGACGACGGUGACUCGGGUUCGGCGAGGUGAUCGACACUUCUGGGAAAAGCUACGGUACGCGUUGCCGGUGGAGGCGCCCUAUCGCGGCAACAACUACACGAUCGAUCACCACGAACGCAUCAAGCAAACCACCGGCCAGAGUGGAGGUGGUGGUGGUGGUGGGGGUGUAGGUGGAAGUGUAGGCGUAGGUGGUGCGGCUGGAGUGAUGUUCCGACAGCCACCACCACCGGCGUACUGUCCCGAGAUCGAUGAGGCGAAUUAUUCGUCCGCGACGACGGCAACACCCUCACCGAGACCGUCGAGGCGCGGUAUGGUGGAGGUGCCCUCCCAGCGGCCCCCCAGCGAACACAUCUACUCGAGCAUCGAUUCCGACUACAGCACGCUCGAGUGCGAAAACAUGGUGAUGGCUCCGGCCGGUGUUCAUCGGCCAUCCUGGCGUUCCGGCCAUCCUGGUGCGGGACAUCCGGGGAUGGCGAACGGCGGUUCCACCCUCCAUGGUCCGCAUGGUGGGGGCGGUGGUGGCGGAGGUGGAGGAGGAGGUCACCACGUGCAGGCGUACCUCGUUUGA